AACAUAUCGGAAAUUUUGUAUUCUCAGUAAAUUUUUAUUAUUGAAAAAAUGGCAUUUUUUUCAUUCUAUUAAGAGUUUAUUUGUUUUAUUUUAUUCGUGUCACCAAAAAAGGUCUUUUGUUUACACAAAUAAUCAGUUUUAACAAUUUUUAAAAAUAAUCAAAAGCUGAAAACAAUUUUCAUAAAGUCAAUUUUGUUUUAGAAAAAAAUUUAAUUAUAAACAGACAUGUUAAUUUCUCUUUUAAGCCCAAAAUAACCCACCUGGGAGAACUACGCCUAUCAUUUUAACCCACAGCACAUAAGUCAGCUCCAAUCUCCUUUAAAACUAUAUCCUAUUUUAAUGACCUAUUUAAUGGGGAUUUUUUAAAAAGCUCCAAACCCCCAAAACCCUGAGUGUAGUGAGUUGGGACAAGAUUAGUGUGGGUUUAACCCCUUUUCCAUAAAAACUCUUUUGUUCACUGCCAAUUGGAAGUUCUCUCCGAAACUUCUUCUCACCCACGAACCUCGUUCCUUCGGUGCUCUCCUCCGUUGAGACCACGCCAAAUACAUUAUUCGUAGAACAAACCCACUCCCAGUUCCGCCUCUGAAUUUCAACCUCUAGUAAGUCUUCUUUUUUUCUUUGUUUUUAUUUUUGUUUAGCGUUGGUUUUCUGUUUGAUUGGUGGCCAAAAUACAUUUCUUACGUCCCUUCUGAGGGAAAGCAGUGGAUUCAAUCCUUCUCUAUAAUGAUUUUAUUUACUGGUCCAGCGGUAGAGGUACUUAUACGAAGGGAUAAAAUUGGAGUUCAACCAAAUUCAAUCAAAGUGGGACAAUUGAAGAGGCCUGAAGGGCAUUGGAAAAGAUUGUCCCCCUCCCUUUUCAUGUUCUCUUUGCAAGGCGCAUAUUCUUUGAACUCAGGUGGCAAUGUUCACACUUUUGGAUUUUGGGUUGAGCUCAUUGGUCCCCUCAUUCCUUCCAAUUUCCUUUGAUUGCUCCAUUGUUUUCACACUACACAUUAAGUAGUAACCAUUUCAGAGAGAGUUAGUUUUAGCAAAUUAGACAUGAUUUUAUUAGGUACAUGUUGUUUGAGCACAAUCCCAUCAACAACACCAGCAUACCCUUCUCUACCUCUAGGGUCCUACUUUGAUCUGCACAAGCCACUUCUAUAUUCCAAACCAUCCAAAUUCACCUCUCUUGUAAUCAAUGGCCACAGAAGGAUCUGUGAUCUCUUUGAUUUGCAUCAGGAGCAUGUCCCUUAUGAAGUGGCAUGGUCUUGGCAAAAGGAAAUUGUCAGGGACAAGAGGGCACAAAUUGAAAAGGAAGGAGAUUGUAAUGACACCCUUAUUGUUCUACAACACCCUCCUGUUUAUACAUUGGGCACUGCUAGUACUAUGGAGAACCUCAAGUUUGACAUGAAAAAUGCUCCUUUUAAUAUUUAUCGCACUGAGCGUGGUGGAGAGGUUACAUACCAUGGCCCUGGUCAGCUAGUUAUGUACCCAAUUAUCAACCUCCGAACACACAAGAUGGAUCUUCAUUGGUACCUUAGGACUCUUGAAGAGGUUGUCAUUCGUGUUCUUUCUUCAACAUUUUCAAUUCAGGCUUCUACGGUGGAAGGUUUAACUGGUGUUUGGGUUGGAAAUGAGAAACUGGCAGCUGUUGGCAUCAGAGUGUCUAGCUGGAUAACCUAUCAUGGCUUGGCACUUAAUGUCACAACAGAUUUGUCUCCCUUCAAAUGGAUCAUCCCAUGUGGAAUUCGAGACCGUCAAGUAGGAAGCAUUAAGGAGUUGGUGAGAGAGGGUGUUGGUCGUGGAAGAGCUGAUUUGCAUCAUCUGAAUGAUGCUAGUCUUAUUCAUAUUACACAUGAAUCCUUGCUUGAAGAAUUCUCACAAGCAUUUCAACUUGAAUACAGUUACAAAAGCAUUUCUUCCUCCAUGUUGUAUGAAAGGAAAUGAAGCUCUCUUACCAAAUAACACAGCAAGGUUAAAUUUGUAUGAUGGUCUAAUAUAUCCCUUGUCUCUGAAAAAUAUCAUCUGUUUUGCAUUAGAACACACUUGUACAUACUUUCUACGUUUUACCAAUUUCUUGAGAUGAAUAGCUAGAUGAUAAAUUUUUUGAAACUAUUGAGAUUGUGGCUCAUGUAUCUUGAGGAUGGCGUUUGGUUUGGAGAUUUAUGAAAAAGUUAUCAUUGGAUUA